UACAUCAUAAUAUAUAUAUAUAUAUUUAUAUUUAUAUGUGUGUGUGUGUGUGUGUGUAGCAAUUUCUAGGGCACCGAACUAGAUAGCUCCAACUGAUCGGCGAUCCCUACACCGGCGAUCGGAGUCUUCUUGUUGGAGCGGCCGGCCGGCGGUGAUCCAAUUCUCAGGCAUUUUCUAUGGCAGCAAUGAACGACUCAGAAACUCUGCAAGAUUCAUUGCACGGAGAGAUUGAGUCGUUUUUUGACUCAGCGCCUCCUCUAAAAGAUGGCCCUGAUAUCAGUAGAAAAGUAAAGGAAUUUAUCGAAAGGACUUCUCUGUCAGCAGGAGGCAAAGGAGCUAGCAGGGUUGUAUGUAUAACGUCUGGUGGUACGACAGUUCCUUUGGAAAAGCGAUGUGUACGUUACAUUGAUAACUUUAGCUCAGGUCAUAGAGGAGCAGCAUCCACAGAGUAUUUUUUGGAGGCGGGUUACUUUGUUAUCUUUCUCUAUCGGAGGGGAACCUGCCAGCCAUUUUGCCAAUCUCUUCCAGAAGAUCCAUUGCUUGAAUGUUUUGAGGUCAAGGAGUCAAAUGUUCAAGCAUGCCAGUCACAUUCCGAAGAAAUCAAGAGGGCUAUUGGUGAACAUUGUGAUGCAUUAAAAAGGGGCCUCUUGUUGAAAGUUCCUUUCACUACCAUAUUUGAAUAUCUUCAGAUUCUGCAGUUGAUUGCAAUUUCAAUGAAGAAUCUUGGAAGAUAUGCAAUGUUUUUUCUUGCAGCUGCAGUAUCUGACUUUUAUUUACCAUGGAAGAGUAUGGAAGAGCAUAAAAUUCAAUCUGCUUCUGGUCCUUUGGAUAUGCAUCUGGUUCAAGUCCCUAAGAUGCUUUCGGUUCUGAGGAGAGAAUGGGCUCCCAUGGCCUUCUGCAUAUCAUUCAAGCUAGAGACAGAUUCAAAGAUCCUGCUGGAGAAGGCUGACACGGCCCUUAAAAAGUACAAGAUGCAUGCAGUCGUUGCAAAUGAGCUCUUAACACGUAAAGAGGUCGUUGUAGUUGUCACAGGCAGUGAAAAGAUCCCAGUCCACCGAGACAAGACUGUAGCCAGUGCUGAUGUGGAAAGUCCGCUAAUCAAACUCCUCGUGGAGAAACAUUCAAGUCAAAUUGAUGCUUGAUUUUUAAGCUUACGGCAUAGGAUGGGUAAAAGAUGAUGUUCCAAAAUCUUCAAAUAAAGCUUUACAUUUUUUCAAGUUUUUCAUUCUCCCAAGUUAAGUCAUGUAUUGUAGGUGAAUCCUGCAAACAUUGUGCAGCUUGUCACUAUGAUUUUGUUCCUCAACUCUUCUCUGAUGAGUUUUGAGAGAUUGUAACAGCAAAAGUUGUUACUAUUACUCAAACAAUGCCAAUAAAUGUCUAUCCCAUCUAUGUUGCAUCCGCAA